AUGGCGCCCCCCCGUCGGAUGCUCCCGCCGCCCCUCCUGCUGCUGCUGCUGCUCUUCGCCGUCGCAGGCGUGCGGGGCGCCCCUUCUGCGGCGGAGCUGUGGUUCGUGAAGGAGCCGCAGGACGCGACGGUGGGGCGGGCGGGCUCGGGGGCGGUGCUGGAGUGCGAGGCGCGGGCGGGCGAGGAGGGCCCCGUCGCCCUGACGUGGCUGCGCAACGGGCUGCAGGUGGCCGAGAGCGAGCGGCUCCGAGCCCUGCCCGACGGCUCCCUCCACCUCCGCGCCGUCGAGGGCCCCGCCGACGAGGGCCUCUACCAGUGCCUCGCCCGCAGCAAGCACGGCGCCAUCCUCAGCCGCAAGGCCCGCCUCGCCCUCGCCGCCAUGUCUGCAUUUGAAGUCCAGCCGCUUCCGGCAGAAGUCCACGAAGGGAGCGUGGCUCGGUUUGCCUGUAAAAUAUCCGCCAACCCUCCGGCCGUCAUCACGUGGGAAGUCAACCGGACAGCCUUGCCAGCAGCCACGGACAGAAUGACGGCCUUGCCCUCAGGAGUGCUACAGAUCUACAGCGUCCAGCAGAAGGAUGCGGGGAGUUACCGCUGCGUCGCCACCACAGUGGGCAACCGGCGGAAGAGCGCGGAGGCCACGCUGACCGUCCUGCCAGCCCUGCCAGCCAAGUCUUUCCACAGGCCGGCCAUCGUAGCCGGGCCACAGAACGUGACAGCCUCCCUUCACCAGACAGUCGUCCUGGAGUGCCUGGCCACGGGGCAGCCCAAGCCCAUCGUCUCCUGGAGCCGCUUGGACCACAAGUCCAUCGACGUCUUCAACACGCGGGUGCUGGGCAACGGGAACCUCAUGAUCUCCGACGUGAAGGUGCAGCACGCAGGCAUCUACGUCUGCCGGGCCACCAUCCCGGGCACGCGCAACUUCACCACGGCGGUGGCCAUGCUCACGGUGCUGGCUCCCCCUUCCUUUGUGGAGUGGCCGGAGAGCUUGACGAGGCCUCGGGCUGGCACUGCCCGCUUUGGGUGCCAGGCAGAGGGCAUCCCGGCCCCCAGGGUGACCUGGCUGAAGAACGGGCGGAAGAUCCACUCCAAUGGCCGGAUUAAAAUGUACAACAGCAAACUGGUGAUCAACCAGAUAAUUCCUGAGGACGAUGCCCUCUACCAGUGCAUGGCGGAGAACAGCGAGGGCUCCCUGCUGGCCCGGGCACGCCUGACGGUGGUUCUGUCCGAAGACCGGCCCAGCGCCCCCUGCAAUGUCCACGCAGAGACCAUGUCCAGCUCCGCCAUCCUCCUCGCCUGGGAGAGGCCCCUGUACAACUCAGACAAGGUCAUCGCCUACUCCGUCCACUACAUGAAAGCAGAAGGUCUGAACAACGAAGAAUACCAGGUGGUGAUCGGCAACGACACCACCCACUACGUCAUCGACGACUUGGAGGCGGGCAGCAACUACAGCUUCUACAUUGUGGCCUACAUGCCCCUGGGGGCCAGCCAGAUGUCUGACCACGUGACCCAGCACACCCUGGAAGAUGUCCCUCUGAGAGCUCCUGAGAUCAGCCUGACGAGCCGAAGCCCCACCGACAUCCUCAUCUCCUGGCUGCCGAUUCCCGCCAAGUACCGGCGUGGCCAGGUGGUUUCCUACCGCUUGUCCUUUCGGCGCAGCACGGAGAGCACCGUUCAAGUGGUGGAGCUUCUGGGCUCUACCUACGAGUAUCUGCUCAGGAACCUGAGCCCGGACACAGUCUACCUGGUGCGAAUUACGGCAGCCACGCGGAUCGGCUGGGGGGAGGCAUCUCUGUGGACUUCCCACCGCACCCCCAAAGCCACGAGUGUCAAAGCCCCGAAGUCUCCUGAGCUGCGCCUGGAGCCCCUCAACUGCACGACCAUCGCGGUGAAGUGGCAGCCAGACGUGGCGGACCCGGCCCCCGUCCAGGGCUACAAGCUGUACUACAAGGAGGAGGGGCAGCCAGAGAACACCCCCAUCCUGCUGGAGGCCAGCCUCCUGGCCCACACCAUCAGUGGCCUGGAUCCCCGAAGGAAGUACCAUGUCCGGCUGCUGGCCUACAACAGCUUGGAGGAGGGCUACCAAGCAGAUCAAACCGUCAGCACCCCGGGAUGCGUCUCUGUCCGGGACCGCCUGGUGCCACCUCCGCCUCCCCCUCACCACCUCUACGCCAAGGCCAACACCUCCUCCACCAUCUACCUCCACUGGGGGCGCCCGGCGUUCAGCUCCGCCCAAGCCGUCAACUACACCGUCCGCUGCAACCCGGUGGGGCUUCAGAACGCCUCGUUGGUCCUCUACCUUCCAACGUCAGAGACCCACCUGCUGAUUCAGGGGCUGGAGCCAAACACCAAGUAUGAGUUUGCCGUCCGGCUGCACGUGGAUCAGCUUUCGAGCCCCUGGAGUCCUGUGCUGUACCACACGACCCUCCCAGAAGCCCCCUCCGGCCCCCCGCUGGGAGUCAAGGUGACUUUGAUAGAGGAGGACACCGCUUUGGUCUCCUGGAAGCCUCCGGAGGGUGAGAGGAUGGUCGUUUCCCGCUACACGAUCCUGUACGCCUCCCGGAAAGCCUGGAUUGCUGGAGACUGGCAGGUCUUACACCGCGAAGGCUCCAUCACCAUGGCUUUGCUGGAGCACCUGCUGGCAGGAAACGUCUACGUUGUCCAGAUCGCGGCCUCCAAUGAGGCGGGUGAAGGGCCCUUCUCCAGUGCCGUGGAGCUGGCCAUCUUGCCAAGGGGAGGAGCCACCUCCAACCAGAGGCCCAAGCGGCUGGAUUCUGCCGGUGCUGCGGAGACAGCUCCCUCCGGCUACUCCCCGCUGGACCAGAAGUCCAUGACAGGCAUCAUCGCUGGCGUCUGCAUCGCCCUCACCUGCAUCCUGCUCUGCGUCCUCAUCCUCAUCUACCGCAGCAAGGCCAGGAAGACGUCUGCUCCCAAGAGCGCCUCGCCAGGCCCUGCCCUGCGCUCUCCCAGCGGCCUCUCUUCAGGCGGAGCCGGCGAAGUGGCCAAGAGCGUGGAGGGAGCUGCAGAGAACGAGGAGGUGCUGCUGCCCAUGACGGGGAGCAGUUUCCUGGAUGCCAAGGGGGGCACCGACCUGAUCAUCAACAGCUACGGUCCGAUCGCAAAGAGCAGCUCUCCGAAGAAAUGGGGGCUCUUCCCAGCCUGGAAGAAGGGGAAGCUGGAAGAGCCCCAGAGACCGUGUGCCCAAGCAGCGGGCGUGUACCAGGCGGGCCCCACUGUCCUCCUUGGCGAGGGACGGCCCCGGGAAUCCACAGAGCAGCAGCUGAGCUACCAGGUGACCUUCAGCGUGACGGCCGACACGGAGCACUCCGCCCACAGCGAAGGGAGCCACGACACCGGCGAUUCUGGGAGGUUCUCUCACGAGUCCAGCGAUGAGCUGCCUCUCUCUGUGGCCACCACUGGGGCUGCUCCUUGGGGAGGCCCCGCCUUGUGUGUGUCCCCCUGCCCCGCCUCCAAAGAGCCGCCUGACCAAAGCCCCCCUCCCCCCCUCCCGCCAGCACUGGACUGA